AUUCGUAAUGAUUUAUUUAGUAACCGGAAACAGUGGCAGAGUGACAGCUCGCUCCUCUAAAACUCACAAUUUAGGCUGCAUGCGGAUAAAGUGCGUGAGAAGAAGGAGACACAUUCACUACGACUGAAUCAGAUGUUAACCUGACUGCAGCGGCUGGUGGAUUACAAACUCUCAGUUUAGUGAUAAAGCGAGUUUCCUUUUGGAUGUGAACAUCUCGAGUGGCCAACUGAAGACCCAAAGUCUGCUUGCUGUCUGCUGUCGUCGCCGUCUGUUCAGCAUUCAAAAGUUCCGCCGUCUGGAAAGGUGUUGGGAUGAACAGGUCCAGGUCCAGCUGGAAUAAAAAAGCCCCCCAGCCUCCAGUCACCAGGAUGACCCGCAGCUCCAGCUCCCAGACCAGGCCUACCGACCCCACAGAGACCCACGACUCUGGGACGGGUCCGUAUGGAAAACAACGAAGGAAGCAGACAGACUCCGCUUUGGCCCAGGACCUCAGUCAGAUGAGUGUGAGCGGACUGGACGCUUUACCUACAAGUGAAGGAAAGAUGUCUAAAGGUAGCUGUGUCCCUGUGCAAGCUGGUCAGUCCUCUGGGUCCAUAUCUAGUCCGGGCAGUCCGUCUGCGUUGGCUGCCAAGUCUUCAUCCCAGGGCGGCCUAGCCUCUGUGGCUCGACUGGUGAAGCUUGGCCGCUGUAAGAAUGUAGUGGUGGUGGCCGGAGCAGGAAUCAGCACAGCCAGCGGCAUCCCAGACUUCAGAACUCCAGGUACAGGUCUUUAUGCCAACAUGGAGAAGUACAACAUCCCUUACCCUGAAGCUAUUUUCAACAUUGACUACUUCUCCAACGACCCGCAGCCUUUCUUCUCCCUGGCCAAGGCUCUGUAUCCUGGCAGCCACCGACCAAACUACAUACACUACUUUAUCCGCAUGCUUCAUCACAAAGGCCUGCUGCUCCGAAUGUACACCCAGAACAUCGACGGACUGGAGAAACUGUGUGGCAUCCCAGAUGACAAACUUGUGGAAGCUCAUGGUAGUUUUGCCACAGCUUCCUGUCACCUGUGCUACACCGCGUACCCUGCUGAGGAGGCUAAGCAUGCCAUAAUGAACGACAACGUCCCCAUAUGCACAUUCUGCGCUGCAACAGUCAAACCUGACGUUGUGUUUUUUGGAGAGGACCUUCCACAGAAGUAUUUCCUCCACACUAAAGACUUCCCCAAAGCAGACCUGCUAAUCAUCAUGGGCACAUCUUUACAGAUUGAGCCAUUUGCCAGCCUGGUGAACACGGUGCGCUCCACUGUGCCACGUCUCCUCCUGAACCGGCACGCUGUGGGUCCCUUUGAGAAGGUCCCACUGCGGAGAGGAGACCACAUGGAGCUGGGUGACAUGGAGGACACAGUGCGGAGGUUUGCUGAAAUGCUUGGCUGGAACGAUGAGAUUGAGGAGCUGAUGAGGAGUCAGGAAACACUGACCAUCCCUACAUUAAUAAGCAGCCCUGGGUCAGUAAGCGGACAGACAUCUUUUCAGAGAAGAGGAGCUCCAGAGCCUCCAGGUGGGAUGGAGACAUCCAGGUCCAGACCAGGAGGUCAACGAGCAGCCAGCAGCGGCAGCGAGGAGACAGACUCCGAGACAGACAGCAAGAGCUCUGCAUCGUCCAGCCUGAGCAACUGACGCUGCAUGUUUCAUAAACGAUGGCACUGGAAACGUUUCUUCUGUCCGUAGUUCGGACCAAGACUGUUCUCCUGUUAACUGUAUACACACUUUAUUUUUCAUCUGGUUAAGUUCUAGUGGCAAAAUGUUUUUGGAGUCACAGUGUGUCCUGUUCAUGCUAUGUUCAUAUGUAAAUCAAAAAAAUCUGUUUUAUCAAGCUAUCAACAAGCAUAUUUAAAGCACUUAUUAUAGAGGGAGGGACCAUCCAGAACACUACUAAAUGUAUAUCUAAAGCCCUUCAUAAAAAUCCUAAUGUUUUAUACAUUCCAUGUCAGUAAACUAGUUAAUGUUAUAUAUCAGGACACUGUAUUUUAAACUAUAUUUAAUAAAAGCGUUGUGUAAUUUCCA